CGCAGCCGCCGUGACGUCACGCAGCCUUCGCUCCGCGUCUGCAGCGAUCGCAGCGCCCAUGCGGCCGGCGGACUCGCACCGAAACAUCCGACAAAACACUCGUGCGCUCAAAGAUGGCGGAUGGGUCGCCCGAGGACCGCGCCGGAUCGACUCGAAUCGACGAUUUAACUUUUUCCGCGUCCGAGCCGUCAUGUUGUGACACAAAAAAGUGUAGUGGACCGACCCUGGACGGUGUUAGAUUGAAGUUGUCGUUCUACACCGAACUGGAUUCGUGUGAGAAUUGUGAGACGCGCGGCGUGGUCGCCGAACGUACCGUGACAAGUAAUUCCCGAAAAACACCCGCCUCGAACGUCGAAGACGGGGACGACAGGAAGAAGAGAUGCUUCGACCGAUACGACAGCUCCGAAUCGUCUGACAGUGGCGUGGCGGUGCUGAGUCCUACGGAAAGCAGUGGGUGCAGCGGUAGUGACAUCACUGAGCCUCGCUCGCCCCGGAGCCCCGAGUCGGGGUGCAGCACGAGUGAAGAAGGCGCUGGCGUGCGCAUGCCGCCUUGGGCGAGCGAUCCGGCGCCGCCGGGCCCGAGACGCCUCGCGGCUCAACCCGCGCCCCUCCGGCGACCCAAUCCACCUAUACAUCGCCGCAUAACAGAAUACUUCAAUCAUAAAAUGAAGCCACAAAACGGCGUCAAGCGUGACUCGAGUUUAAUUAGUAACGAUGACAGCAAGAAAAAGUGUCUCCCUAAGAAUGGUGUCACGCAUGAUCUCGAAAAGUAUAUUUCGUAUUUAUCUCAGACGCUGAAUCCAAAAGUUCUAAUUGAUGUCGAAAAACCAGCAGACUCUAUGAAAAAGCCUGUCAGUCAAGCAACAAAUUUCAAUACAGACGUAACUAAAAAUGGUCUACAUAAAACAGCUUCAUCUACUAAUAUCAAUACUUUAAGAGAUCGUAUCAAACCUAAAGACAAUAAAGAGACUCACACAAUGAACGGUUUGGUAGAUAUCCGUCACGGCACUGAGUCGUCCAACAAAGAAAAAAGUUUUGAGGGCUUCUUUAAUGGGGUAACUGUCAGCAGAAUACCUAACCCUAAAGUAAAUCAAGGACCAUCCGCUAUAACACCAGUAAACCAUAUUAACAAAUGUAAAAUUCCAAUUCCAUCCCAAAAUGAAUUGGUGGGAAUGAGGAUAGCUCCCGCAAAACCCGUUAACCAAUCACCCAAAAAACAAGUGAAUCAUAAACCUGAUACAACACAUCUAAAUGGAGUCGUGAGUUCCACGACUAAGCUAGACAGUCGAAUGAACGGGGUUACUUGUGGGUCUAACAACUUAAAUCUUAUGAACAAACCAUCUACAGUAAAAAAGGAACCUGUUAAGAGAAAUUUACAACCUAAGAGAACCAAUCGCAAAUCAUCAGCUUGCAUAGCUAAUAGCAAGAACUUGACUUGGUCGAAGGCUAAUAAUCUUAAACAGGUACAGUUGCAGAAACAAAAUUGUAGUAAAAUUAUUCCAAACACGCCUGUCAAUAACAAUGUACCAGGUGAAGCAAACACUGCGCCAAAGAUGCAAAUCCCAAAUGGAGUAAGACAAGUGUCGAUGGCAGUCAACGGAAAUAUAAGCAAUAUAAAUGUGCCUGUGACUAAUUUUCAAAGCUGUCAUUCAUUAAAUAUUCCACAACCCUGUAAUGGGACGGUAACCUCCACCAAUUUGGCUUCGUUCGUCGCUGUUCCUCAUAACGUAAUGCUUACAACACUUCGAAUACCACAAAACGGUCUACCUCCGCAGACAUUAAACCAACAAGGUAAUAUGGCAUUUAAUCGUCAAAACGUCAACGUGACAAGUCCGACUAAAUUAAACGGUCAAUUCGUUUUCCCGUUGGUUCAGAAUAUUAAUGGAACUGUCGUUCAAAUACCAAAUUUAAUGGCCAAGAUGCCGAAUUUCGUUCUUCCGCAAACUCCUCAAAUAACAACGCAGAGACAAGAUCAUCUACAAAACCAAACUUUAAACCAAUUUCUCAUUAAUGGUACUUUAUUGAAAUUGGCAAACACGAUGCCACCUACCUAUACAACGGCGAACAAAUCUGGUCCAGUCACUAGUCAGCCACUACCAGUAAUUAACAAAAAUGUGCCUGGUCUUCAAGCUGUCGGAAUGUCAGUUCAACCAAAACAGAACUUCACAGUGAACCUUAGCCAUCCGAUGUUAGUGCCUCAACCAGGAUUUAUUGUAACAUCUGUGCCAAAUAUGAGUGUGAAAGAAACGUGGAGUUAUACCGGUACCCAUUCGGUUGCCUCGUCACAGAUAUCGUGUUCGAGUCCAAUAGUUCCACAACAGCCCGCGAUGGUUGCCAAUUUUAUGAAUCAAAAUCUACACUCGAGUAGUAUUCCUAUAGCCCCCGUGAAGCCGCCGGACAAUCCGAUUCAAGGUACAGAGCCGCCCAGCAGUACUGUUAAAGAGACGGAAAUUAAUGAAAUUGCCAAUCAAAAGUGUGAUAUUCCAUGGCUGUCAAAAACUGUGAACAAUAAUAUUGUUCCUUUAGAUACUAAUAAAUUAACGAGGCCUUUUGCACAAGUUAGUAGUUCAGGGAAUCUCAAAGAUUUCAGCAUAGAGAAGGUUGGAAAGAAACGAAGAGCGAGUAAAGAUUUACAGAAGGAUUUUAAAGUUGGUAGUACGAGUGAAAUAAGAAAAGUAGAAGAAGUCGCCAGAAGAGAAGAGACAAUAUUUACACAAAUAACCGUAUUGAAGGAUGUUUCGUCUAAUGUCCAAAGUUCUGUUAUAGAAGCAAAUUUCUGUAGUGCUACUACAGAGUCUUCAGAGUCCGGUAUAGGAACCGAUAAGUCUAUUGACUCGCCCAGCGACUCCCAGGCUAGCAAAGAGUGUGACGAUGACUCCUCCUUAUCAUUAAGUAUCAGUGUGAGUUCCGUCGAAGCUCAGAGUAGUCAAAAAAGUCCUAUACUAAAACAACCUAAAACAUUACGGUUUCCACCAAGAAGUAUUAUCAAACCUCAAAGCGAUAAGAGAAAAUCUAGCACUGAUACGACGUCGGUCACGAUAUGCUUAUGGGAGAAGUGUAAGCAAGAGUUAGAGAGUGAUAGCGAUCUCCUGGAACACCUGCAGUCUGUCCACGUGGAGUCUCAAGCUGGUCAAGAGAACUACGUAUGUCUGUGGGAGCGCUGCAAGGUCCGCGGCAAACCUUCCUGCUCUCGGCUAUGGCUGGAACGACACGCUCUCUCCCACGGCGGAAACAAACCGUUCAAGUGCAUCGUUGACAGCUGCGACAGAAGAUUCUCUACUCAGAUAUUGCUCGAACGUCACGUAAACAAUCACUUCAACGAGGCGACGCCGAACACGGGGAACGGGAAGAAGACCGCAGACAGCUCGGCGAAGAUGAUACGACGGAAUGGAAAGAAACUCAGAUACAGAAGACAACCGUGGUCUGCCCGCAUGUUCGACUUCUUCGACUCCGGCAUGAUGGAGGGUCUAGCGUGGCGGCUCGCCCGCAGUACUCGCUGGCGGUUGGGUGGGUUCUGCCCACUGAGGGACGGCGGCGGACACACGCUCACACUGCACGCCGCGCUCACAGCGACCAGAUACAACCCGGCCACCGCCGCGCGCGAGGCGCUACUGACGUACUACCCGCCGCAUGUUAUCGAGGACGAGUGGGUGCCCGAGGAGGAAGUGAAACGGGUCAAAAGGGUGGAGAUCUCCGAGCUGCCGGUCCACACCAAGGUGCUGCUGUACGAGGAGUUCUGCAACUCGUACAGGAAGACUCCGCCGCCGCCGCCCAAGAAGACGCAGGCUGCGGCGCAACCCGUCCGCCUGCUUCCGGCCAGGCAGUGCACAUCGUCACGCCUGCUCAACAACCUGAUAGCGAAGCAGCGCAAGGAGAGAAACGACUGCAGCUCCACCGGCCUGCCGCCGCUGUUCGACGACGACAGAGACAGAGAGAAGAGCGAGGUCAGCGGCGCCAAGAAGAGGAAGAUGGGCAGGAGGUACGGCGGGAACGCGUUCUGGCCCUGCGGACGAUAGUGGAGCACACCCACACACAUGGAACGGUGACGACGGCCCCGGACAGACGGCGACUCGCAUCGUUAAACAAGACUGAUACUUUAUAUGACAUCGCACGCGAGCCACGCGCCUCGCGUGCCUGUACAUACAUAGGAAAUGUAUAAAGCCUAGGGUCGGGCCACGAGUCCGAGUAGUUAAGUUAGCGUAAGUUACGACCAGCGUCUAUCGAUCACUGCCAAGUUGUAUAUAGUAUAGCGUCGGUUUUAUUUGUCGGCUUGUAUUUUUAAGUUGGAGCUAGCUUAGGUCGAGUUUUGAUGUCGAGUACCACCAAGUGCCUCCUACAGCACGGUUCUGCCAUGGCAGUGUUCAUUUUGUACGAGGUUUAUACAAGUAGUCAUAUCGAAGCGUUUACAUUAAGAUAUCUUUUAUAGAUCGUUUUGGACGUUCCUUUCUAUUAUAGUUUCCUCCUGUGUGAUCCAGUGCGAUGCUGCCAUUAGUUAAGUCUCGUGUGCCGUGUGCCCUGUACGGUUAGCAAUAAACAUGUGAUAACAUAUAUCGAUUUGAACGCACAAUAUUAAAGCAGAAUGUUCUGUGACCGAUGUAUGGCUCGAAAUGAAUCGUGUGAUGGUGGAAAGCGUGUCUUCAUCUCAGAUGUCCGCCGGCGCCACCUCCCGGGGCUGGGGGAGUCUGUCUCGAGUGUUGAGCGUCGCCGGCGAGGUGGCGCCGGCGAGUCACUCGAGUUAACAUGGCGUAUGAAGCGAAGGAAAAUUUAUGAAUUUUAAUGAAAAAUUUCUCUUCGUUGCCUAGGUCAUAAUAUUAAAUUGAAAGAUGUAAUGCGUUGAAGCGAUCCGUUCCCGAUACGCGCGUUCAAUGUCUUAGUCUGAUGGUAGUAGCAACGGCACGAGCGGUGCGGCAUCGGGUCGCUUCUCCGCGUCACAGCGACGGCGUGUCCAUAGCAGAAUUAUUAGUGAAUUUAGUCGUUUAAAAGUUUUGGAAGGUUCUAUACAGAGUUCGACGCCUUGUUAGCGUAAGAUAUACAUUUGGAUGUCGAAUAAACAAUGUUGUGUUCUGUGCUCACGCGAUCUCGCUAGUAUUUUUAGUUAGUGCCUAUAGUUUUAAGUUAGAAAGAAUUCGUGUGGUUAGGUUAGUUUACCCGAUGUCAGACGUUCGACUCUCGGGUCGAGACGGGUCGCGAUUAGCGGGAGAGGGACGGAUAUAUUGUUGUAGGUUCGUUUGUUAAGUGUACAGCGCCCUCUAGCGGCGGCGAAGUAGAAGAAGGCGAGCGGACGGGGACGGAAUCGUGUAAGGCUUUGAUCGUAUGGGGGUAUUUGACUAUUAGGUAGGUGUUGAAUAUAUGAACUGUAUAUAUUAGAGAAAAGUACAAAAUAUAUCUAGUUAGGCCGUUGCUGUACUUAGAUGGAAGGUUAGGCUGGGCGCUAUAGUCGACUACCCCUUUACUAGGCGCGUAAAGAAUUUGUAAAGUCACUUAUGUGUAAUAGGAAAUGUAAAGUGAGUAGCUUCGGGAUCGUAUCGUGCAUCCGUCUCCGUCACACGACAUAAAGUGUGAGCGAGACGGCGGAUACCCUCCUGGAUAUAUUCCUAGUAGGUAUGCACCCAAAGAAGAGUUAGGAAAAUUUGUCAAAUAGUCAAGUUGGUGCCUGAAAGGAGUACGUUGACGGUAUCUUUAUACUUACAGAUAGAUUUUGGAGAUCUUCCAAUGUACUGAUUAUUUUUUUUAUGAAAUUAGAAUCGAAAUACCUAGAUUAAUUGAUUCAAGCACUGGUUAUAGCGCCGUAUUGUAUUGGCUCGCUUUAUGGAAAUUAUUUUAUAGUCAAAUGCGACAUUCACAAAGACCGGUGCUUGUGUCCGCGACCCGCAGCCGACUGCUCUCGGUGUGCUGCUGGGAUCAUUGAAGCAAUCACCGACACUUACCCGGCCACCCUCAGCGGCCGAGGUUGUUAUGGACCAGUCUAGAUAUUUGGCCUAUAAACAUACGCUUGAGUACAAAUUUUUAAUUUCGCUGUAAUGUUAAGUGGAAAUUUUAGUUAAUCGUAACGUUUCUAGGAACUGAUAUUAAUAAAAAUGAAACUAUAGCUUAGAUUAGCCGUUCGACGAGAGAGAUAUUUUGUGAUUGUACCUUGCCGGGGAGCCCGGGACUAUAAGUAGGGUUUAAGAGAACCACUGCCACAGGCCGAGCUGUGAAGCUGUGUGCCUUCGCUCGUGUACACUUGCUCAGCGUGUAAGUGUAUUGUGUUUUAGUCGUUAUUAUUCCCCGAGAUAAUUCAUUUCGCGAACAAGUUAUCGUUAGGGACACGACAUAGCUUAACCGAGGGACUGAUUCGCAUUUCUCCCGCGGGCCUCGCGGGCCUCGCGGGCCCGGUAGUUCCUGUGAAGGCGUGAACCACAUUACGACUGCGUUAUUUGUACAAACAGACGUGAGGCCUGGCCGCGUUGGCUUAUAACACCGGGGUGUAGACAAAUGGUAGUUAAAUUCGUAUGCUGAGAGCCAGGCUUCAAUACGAUUGUAAAUAGUUAAGUAUUUAUUGGUAAGUAUUACGUCAGAGGUAAUCUGCUUCGCGCCGGGGAAGUACCGCGCACACACAAACACACACACGCCGCCGCGCGUGUGCCUGUGCCUGCCCGAGCUAGCGACACUACUAAGGACGCCUUGUAACCCGAAUAGUGUGCACUACUUAUAUUCAAUUUGUAGAUAUUUAAUUCUAUAUAGUAUAAUGUUUAACGCAUUCUUAUUUGCUUGGACCGUUCGCGGCGGCAUCCGAAAGUUAAUAAUAAUUUGACCCCGCGGUGGGGUAUCUACCUCAAAUAAUUUAUCACACGUUUGGGCAUAAUAAUAUAGUGUCGGGGUGAGGACGAACUCCGUUCGGUGUAGUGAUUGUAAGACCUUUUUAUAAAAUGAUUUGUCCACAUGUCACAAGUACUGUAUCUUAUAUUAAAUACAUAUUGUAUGAUUGAUUAUAAA